AUGGCUUCUAUAUCCCCAGCGAGACUCGGCGCUACUACCAGUGGCUCCGUAGGUCGAAUAUUGCGCUCGUUCGCGCUACUGGUCGUGCUCUCGUGCCUCAUUGGAGUCUGUUACCAUCAACUCAUCGCACCGUCAUCGCCCGACGCUCCUUACGCCUUCCACAGUACCGCUGCAGUCCGCUAUCGCCCCUCUAGUCUCCCUCUCGAGAAACUGACCGACUCGUGCGUGACGGCCAUGAGAAAAUCCCUCGCUCUCUCCUCCCCGCCCAACGGUGACGGCCCCGCCGCGCUGACUCCGCCGCAGGAGCUCGCCGCAGCGGCGGCGUGCAGAGCGGAGCUGCGGAAUGCGCUGCAGCAAUGGGCGGCGGAAGCGGGGUGGAGAGAGGCCGAGGUGGACUACCAGGCUGCUGUGCCGCCGGAGCUGCCGAGCCCGCACGCUCAGCUCACACGGGAAGCUCACAGCCCCGCUAGUCCCCCUGAUAGCCGCCAUACCGCCGAUAGCCCCAGCAGUACCACUAGUACCAGCGACAAUGACGGCACCAGUACCGUUGACGAAACCCUGAACGCUCCUGCUGACUCUGUCAGCCCUGGCAGUGCUACUGCUGCCGCUCCUGCUCCUGCUCCUGCUGCUGGUGCGGCUGUUGGUGGUGCUGCUGCCGCUCCUGCUCCUGCUUCUGCCGCUGGUGCGGCGGUUGGUGCUGCUGCUGGCGCUAAGGUUGCUGCUGCUGCUGAUGGGGGUGCUGCUGCUGCUGGUGGCGGUGUUGCUGGCGCCGCCCCAGAAGACUCCGCCGCGCUGCUGUGCUCCGAGGGGUGGCAGCGGGGGGCGAUGGCGCGAGCAGCAACGAGCGCGAACGUGGGGAGGGCGGUGAAGCGGAACGUGACGUCGCUGGCGCGGAUAGAAGCGGGUGUGGAUGCUGUGUGCCGCGGGUCCACCAAAGGGCGCAGGUUCCUGGUGUUCGCCUACUCCUUGGAGCAGCUCUCCAAUACGCGCUCUCACCUCGUCGAGGCUGCUCGCUUCGCCCAAGCCACCAACCGCACGCUCGUGCUGCCCAAGGGCAGUCGCAGCCGCCUCGCACUCGCACGUGCCCUGCCCCUCUGCGCCUACUUCGACCUCUCUCGCCUCGAUGCCCACUGGAUCUCGCCCGAAUUCUUCCUGCACCUUGCUAGAGCCGCUGUCACCCCCCCCUUUGCUGCUGCUGCAGCUAAAGCCGGCCCUUCCGUGGCCUUCGUGCAUCUGCAGACCUCCCAAAUAUGGCGAAUGUCCUUCACUCAAGGGCCUCUGGCGGACAUGCUGAGUGAGCUGAUGGUGUAUGGCAUGGGCCACGCACCCUCGAGACGCAACACUGUUGAUGUCACCUUGCCGGCCAACAGCAGCGCAGUUCUCCAGCAGUUGUAUAACUGGCAGAACAGGGACGUGCUGGUGUGGGUGAAGACCACAUACGACCGAGUGGACUUCCACCGUCCCACAGAUGCCAUCUCCUUCCAGAUGCUUCCAUACAGCCAGGAGUGGCACGCCAUGGUGCAUCAAGCCAUGGGCCACCUGCCCCCACGGUACAUUGCGGUGCACUACCGCUCCGAGUUCAUUGCCUUCAACCUGGCGCACAAGCUAGUGCAAAGAGGCUUCAAGGUGGAGGCGGGUGUGCUGGAGGAGCUGAUGACGGGGUGCAUGGAGGCGGCGCGCGACCUGAUCAACGGCAUGAAGCGCCGCCACAACAUCUCCGCCGUCUUCGUCGCCGCCGACGUGCCGUUUGACGACAAGGCGGGCAGCGUGGUGCGGUCGGACUCGUGGGGAGACACCACGUGGAUGUUCCAAGGGCAGGAAAAGGUGCUGGAGGCCCCACGGGAGAAGCUGCGGUGGCUGAGGGAGCAGGUGGCGGGCACAGUGAUGGUGGACGAGCUCAUGCCCGCCGUCAACCGCUACGACCCCGGCAUUGUUGCCAUAUUGGACAAGCUGCUGUGCGCGCAUGCGCACGUGUUCCUGGCUGGAUCCAUCACAUGUGGGGGAAGCCGCGGCUUUGAGCAGGACAUUACGCAACACAGGAGUCAAUUCAACAAGACCCUCCCCCAUAGAUGGGUUUCACGGACAGACAAGCUUCUAUGGCAAUCAAACGGCACCUCUGCAGGUGUAGGAUAA